UUAUGAGCCGGGCGCGGCCCCGCCUCCUGUCAUAACCGUAUACCUGGUGCGCGCGCGCGCUCGCCGCCCGCCGCCCGUCGCCCGCCGCCUCGCUCAGUCGCGCUUCAGAUGGCGAGUGGUGCGCUCGGCCGCACCCCGUGUCCGCCGUAGCUCCCGUACACUGCGCGACGCGCGAGUGCCGACCUCCAGCCCUGCUGCGGGGCCAUGCGCCGGCUCUAGCCGCCGACACCAUGCCGCGCGUGAAGCCAGCCUGCGUCCGUCGCGUCUCCAUCGGUACCUAGCUCAUCCUCGAACCCACCACGCACAUCACUACACAACCAUCAUACAUUUCGGAACAGUGAAUAUAUUUUGACGAGAAAGAUUACCGUGAAUACGUUUUCGUAAAGCCGACCGCGCGCGACAAUGAUUCAGUUAGCGACGAUAAAAUUCGGCAUCCACCAGAAAGUGAGCACUAAAAUUCGCCCUCAACGUGGUGAAAGUUCCGGUUCGUGUUCGGAAGAAGAAAUUAACAAUGUCAUACCAGAAGAAGCGAGAGAUAGAACAGAGGCGCACAUGUGCCCGCGCUGCCAGGAGCAGUUCGAUAAUCUGCACGAGUUCCUGCACCACAAACGAGUGUGCGAUGAGAAGGCGCUACAGAUGGGCGAGGAACGAAUGCACUCCGACCCUGAGGAGAUGGUCGUAUCAGGGGACGAGGAAAUGGAUGAACCUAACAAAAGAUUAGAACAAGUGCGAAGGCAUCGACAGGAUGCAGAAAAUAAUAACAGCCUCGAAGAAGGAGAAGCAGAAGUGCCUGAGGCCGACGUGCCGCCGGUGGGACUACCUUUCCCGCCUGCCGGACACGUGACGCUCGAAGCGCUCCAAAACACAAAAGUCGCUGUAGCGCAAUUUGCCGCCACAGCGAUGGCGAACAAUGCCGACAAUGAAGCGGCGCUACAUGAACUUGCCGUCCUACAAAGUACACUUUUCACGCUACAACAUCAACAAGUUUUUCAACUACAGUUGAUACGACAACUGCAAAACCAACUCUCGCUAACACAACACAGAGAUGAUGACGGAAGCCCGCCGCCAAAUGACGAACCGAUCGUGCCUGCGCCUGCCGCUCGAUCACCGUCGCCGCCUCGUCCGCCACGGGAGCCAACACCUCCUGUACCCAUGCCUCCUACUAGCCAAAGUUUACCGUCUACGCACGCGCAUCUUAUUCCUAAGACAGAGCAAAUCUCCAUUCCAAAAAUCCCAAUCUCUACGCCACCUAUGAUGUCCCACCCACCCUACAGUUCCAUAUCAUCCUCUUUAGCAUCUUCGAUCAUAACGAAUAAUGAUCCACCACCAUCCCUCAACGAACCAAAUACGCUUGAAAUGCUACAAAAGCGCGCCCAAGAAGUACUCGAUAACGCAUCACAAGGUCUACUGGCGAAUAACCUUGCAGACGAAUUAGCAUUUCGUAAAUCUGGAAAGAUGUCGCCCUACGACGGAAAAAGUGGAGGGCGAAACGAACCUUUCUUCAAACAUCGCUGCCGAUACUGCGGAAAAGUCUUUGGAAGCGAUUCAGCGCUACAAAUCCACAUCCGGUCGCAUACAGGUGAACGACCUUUUAAAUGUAACGUAUGUGGAUCCCGAUUCACGACUAAAGGGAAUCUUAAAGUCCAUUUCCAAAGACAUACUUCGAAGUUUCCACAUGUCAAGAUGAACCCUAACCCGAUACCAGAGCAUUUGGACAAAUAUCACCCUCCGUUAUUAGCGCAACUGUCGCCAGGACCCAUCCCGGGUAUGCCGCCCCAUCCACUUCAGUUCCCUCCAGGCGCACCUGCACCUUUCCCACCAGGCUUGCCGUUGUACAGACCACCGCACCACGAUCUACUGCCUCCACGUCCACUGGGAGACAAACCUCUACCGCCUCAUCCACUAUUCGCAAUGCGUGAAGAACAAGAUGCUCCGGCUGAUCUCAGUAAACCACCUGCGCCGAGCCCUUCCCGAUCUGCACCCGAAAUGUUCAAAUCUGAGCCCCAGGAUGAAGAGAGCCAACGGGAUUCUAGUUUCGAAGAAUCAGAACGCGUAUCACCCAAGCGAGAACCAGAAGAGAACGAUGCUACUCAGGAGGCUGAACAUGACCGAUAUCCCUCAACGUCGCCUUACGAUGACUGCAGCAUGGACUCAAAAUACAGCAAUGAAGACCAAAUCGGCAGAGAAAGUCCGCAUGUGAAGCCCGAUCCAGAUCAACCGGAAAACUUAUCAAGUUCGGAGAGCGGGCGGAGCGCGCGGGCUUCGCCGCCGUCGCCGACGCUGUCCUGCCUGUCCACACCGCCGCCGCGGCUGCGGCUGCACUCGCCGCUGCCUUCGCCGCCGAACCCCCUCGCGGCGCUUGGUGCUCUCGGAGGAUCGCCCUUCAGCCCGCUCGGACUCGCUUUUCCUCCCGCAGUGCGCGGCAACACAACGUGUAACAUCUGCUACAAGACUUUCGCCUGCAACUCAGCCCUGGAGAUACAUUAUCGAAGCCACACCAAAGAGCGCCCUUUUAAAUGCACUGUUUGCGAUCGCGGCUUUUCAACAAAGAGCAGUGGCGGCGGUUGUCGGUGUGGUAGGCGCCCGCGCGCCCCUCGCCCGCCGCACGCCACUGCUUUGGAUCUCUGGAACGCCUUCGUUUAUCCGGGCAACAUGAAGCAGCAUAUGCUAACGCACAAGAUCCGAGAUAUGCCACCGUCGUUCGAGAAGGGGAUGUCGGGGCCGCCGGGUCCGCCGAGCGAGGAGCGCGACGCGAGCCCGGAGCGCCGGUCUUCGCCCGACAAGCUCGAGCUGAAACGGUCUCCCCCGGCGCAUCCGCCAAUGUCGCACGCCCCGCCUAUCGACAUGCCACCGAUGCCCAAGCGACCUAGCGUGGCAAGCGGGCCGACGCACCCUCCGCCGCCGCCGAUGUCCUCCAAGCACCUGUGCGGCGUGUGCCGCAAGAACUUCUCGUCGUCGUCGGCGCUGCAGAUUCACAUGCGAACGCACACCGGCGACAAGCCCUUCCGGUGCGCCGUCUGCCAGAAGGCCUUUACCACCAAAGGGAAUCUCAAGGUGCACAUGGGCACGCACAUGUGGAGUGGCGGUGCGUCGCGGCGCGGGCGCCGCAUGUCGCUGGAGCUGCCGCCGCGGCCGCUGCACGAGCCGCACGACCUGCUGCGGCGGCCCGACCUCUUCUACCCGUACCUGCCCGCGCCCUUUCUUAACGGCAUGCAGCAAAAGCUAAACGAAAUAUCAGUGAUCCAACAAAGCGCGGGUCAGAACGGUGUCGGAAAAUUCCCUGGCCUUCUCGGCUUCGGUGCGUUCGGUGCGCGGCCAGGCGCAGCAUCGCCGCUGGAGCGGCCGCCGUCGCUGGACGGCGACGAGCGCCAGGCCGCCAUGCGCGAGCUCGCUGAGCGCGGGCGGGAGCUCGCCGAGCGCAGCCGCAUGCGCGAGGAGGAGCAGUACCGCUCGCCGCCCGCGCACGGCUCGCUCCCUCCUCCCCCCGCGCAGCCCUCGCCGCCCGCGCCGCACCACCCGCACCCGCACCCGCUCGCCUCGCUCCCUCCGCCCGCCCGCACUGAAGGACUCACGGUCUAAUCGGACCUAAAGAGUUGGAACUGCAUUUAUAUCAGGUCGGAAGCAGGUCUCAUAGGAGCCCACCCGAACACAUUCCAAAUAUUGAUACGCGAUGUGAGCUUCUUAUGUAAUUAGUGCGAUGGUCAUAUUAGUAACGCCGUCGCCGUCGACGGGUGAACCUAGUAGAUACGUCAUGUUUAUAAUGUACAAAGUUAUAUUAGCCGGAGUUUAAGGGACUAACUACGACAAAAUGGGCGACUGUAAAUCUGCAAAGCGUAGUGCUAUUCAACGAUGUUAUUCCAAGUGUUAUACGCCUAGUACCUAUUUAACAGUAAGUAAGUUAUAUGCAUGAGUACGGGCCGGGGGCAAUGGGGGCGCGCAGCCCCGCGUGUAUGUCAUUACUCUGUGAUAGAGCACAUUUGUUACUGUAUCUAGUUUCGACAAAUUACUUCGCUAACGCCAAGUAACUUGAAUACAGUCAAAUGUGCUAACAUCAAAGUAAAUAUAAAUAAAUAAAUUAUCCCAAAAAUUAAAUAAAGUUUUAAGUCUUAUAUCUAUAAAUGUAAAUAAAAUGUAUGAUAUAAUUAUAAAUUAAUAUAGCAAAAAUUUUAAUAUUACAGACAAUUAUAGUACAUUUUAUUGUACAACACUCGAGUGGAGUGCAAUAUGCAUGAUUUUUAUCUAAUGCCACAUUCCAACCGACAUAUUAUUUCAAACGUAAUCUCGGGCACGAAAUAUUAGUAAUCAUUAAGUGCCUAAUACUACAUCGAAUAUCACUCACCUGCACACGGCUCGCCGAGCCUACAUUGUUGUACAAUAAAAUAUCUGUCCUAAUGCCGUAUGUGACUACAACAUAUUGUAUUUAUAAGGCACACAUUUUAAACUACCUACCAAUUGUUGACCUAAGUUUAAAUUAUUGUAACAGAGGUUAAUGACGUAUUCAUAUCAUGUAAAUUAAAAAAAAGUAUUUGCAUUUGAGGUCUACAUAGUUGUAAGUAUUUAGAGUCAUAGCUAUUAUAUUGCUUUAGAAUACUUUGACAUAUCUUUGUAAAAUACGAGCGGCUGUUGACGUCUUGUUGAAAUUAAUAGGUUACUACCGCUAGGGUAUUGCCAGUACUCAGACUGACCUUGCGAGAUGUUCCCGGGACUACUGUAACAUUUCUUUCCAAUGUGCAUUUUCUCAAUGGCAAAGGUUUUUACUAUCAAUAUUAAUAAUUUGUAAUACUGACAUGUCAAUCAUAUCAAUUCUUCAAAUUUGCUUCAAUACUCAAUACACAUCAAUAUUUAUUAAAUACGAUAUUGACAUGUAAGUAUUGUGUGACAAUAUUGAUAGUGUAAUCCGCUCUUAUGCUUGAUAGUCACCGAUAGUCAAGUCUCCGUGUUGGGUUGUAAACGAACUAUGUAUGUUUUAUGAUUACUAGUUAUCUGUGUAUAAAUGUCCUACUAAAUUAUUUAUAUGGAGUAUAAAUCAUGCAUGCACUCUUAGUAUUGAAGGAUGGCUUGUGGGGCGGUAGGCCUCACUAACAGUUUAGUUGUAAAGAGUAAAUUCUCAUAGCACCUACGAUUCAUUACUUUCAAGUUGCAAAUAGAUCCUAGAGAGUAGUAUUAGUCAUGAAUAUGAUGUGUCAUGGUCAUGUCAGUAUAAAUAAUCAUUGUAAAUUAUUAAAUGUUUAUGUAAAUGUCCAAAAAGUAUUCAAAUUAUUUAAAAAACAAUUAUAUUAAUAAUUAUU